AUGCCGUUGAACAAUGAUACUUCUGAUUCUAUAUUGGUGAAUGAGGUGUUGAGUGCAUUGUCCUCAUUAGCACCUUAUCCACACCAUACUGCUCAUAAGCACCAUUCCAGUCAAGCACCCAAUCCACCAAAAGGAGAGUGUCAAUUCCUAGAAGUCAGCCAGCAAGGGUUUGAGAUCAUCUCAACCAUCGGUGAGGGUUCUUUUAGCAAAGUAAAGCUAGCUCGUCAUGUAUUGUUGGACAAAUUGGUUGCUCUCAAAAUAAUUGACAAAGACAAACUGUCCGAAAAAGGAGUAUCUACCAAACAGCUGUUGCGAGAAAUGUUGCUUUUAGCCUCACUGGAGCAUCCCAAUAUAAAUCGACUGCUGCAGGUUAUUGAUUCUCCCAAACACGUGUAUAUUGUCCUCGAAUAUGAAUCUGGUGGUGACUUGUAUGAUAAGAUUACCAAGAAUACCAAGGUUUCAGAACAUGAGGCUCGAGGAUAUAUGCGCCAAAUCGUAUGUGGCUUACAUUAUUGUCACUCACAGGGAGUUGUGCACAGAGACUUGAAGCUUGAAAAUAUUUUAAUCAGCAAGAGUGGUGUUUUAAAGAUUUGCGAUUUUGGAUUUUCAAAUCUGCUAUAUAAAGGCAACGAUGAGUUUGAAACCUUUUGUGGAUCACCUCCAUAUGCCGCACCAGAGAUGGUUUCCCGAAAAAAGUAUCAAGGACAAAGUGUCGAUAUAUGGUCUCUUGGUGUUAUUCUUUAUAUAAUGGUUACUGGUGUAAUGCCAUUUGGACAAAAGAGUUUGCCUAAAAUGUUUGUCAGCAUUAUGUCAGGAAAGUAUGAAAUACCGGCUCGGGCAACUCCAGAAUGUCAGUCUUUAAUUGCAUCAAUGCUGAAUGUAAAGCCAUCUGACCGAACAACACUGGAUCAAAUUAUUGCACAUCCAUGGAUGAAAAAUGAC